UCCACAAGCAGCGAGAGCAACAUCACGCACGGCGCUUUUAUUCUCUGCUCUGCUUCAGGAGACUUGACUCAGGAGACUAAGGACAGUCAGGAGACUUGAACGCAGCACGUUCGGAAGAGAGAUGAAACUUGUACUGGGUGUUGUGUUGCUCCAGAUUCAUGUAGCGCUGCUCAUGGUCGAAAACCAGCGCAAUGCAUCAACAAGCCAAACCAACUUCCGUCAAACAGAUCUCUUGAAUCCUGAAAACCCUCAGACAUUGAUUAUUCGAAGGGGAACCAUAGAUUAUCCAAAAUCACAAGCAAUGAAACCACGUGGUGAUACUGUGUUGAAAGCCCCUCGCUGUUCCAGACUGAAAGAGAACUGUGCUCCUGUCUCACACUCGCGCUGCUGUGAUCCUUGUGCCUUCUGCCACUGCCGCUUUUUCAACACCAUCUGUCGCUGCUGGAGACUGGGCCGUUCCUGUCUGAGAAACACUUAAGAUAGCUGCAGAUAAAACAGUGCGAUGUGGUUUACAGUUUGUUAAACCAGAGUUAAAGCACCACUUAUUCAAAUAAGCCGCAGCCUGCAGUCUGCUUUAAUACAGAUUGUAAACUAUUCUUCUUCCACUUUUGGCUUUUUACCAUUAUGGGUCACCACAGCGAAUCAUCUGCUUCCACCUAUUUCUACCCUCGGCAUCCUCUACUCUCACACCAAUUGACAUCAUGUCCUCUUAACACAUCCAUAUAUCUCCUCUUUGGCCUUCCUCUUGACUUUCUACCAAUAUAACCACGUCCCUCCUCUGUACAUGUCCAAAACAUCUCAAUCUAGCCUCUCUGACCUUGUCCCUAAAACAGCCAACCUAAGUUGUCCCUACGAUGGCGGUUGUUGUUAACCCGGGCCUCGGCCAAUCUGGUAUGGAAUUGCCUGGAUUGUAAACAAUGUAUCAUCCAACUUGAGUGAAAAGACGCAAAUAGCCAAAAUGUCUUGUGCUUACGUUUGUAAACUUCCUGCAGAAUUCAUGUUAAAUUCCUGUUAAAUUUGCUUAGCAUUUUUAUCCCGUGUAAGGAAAGUCGAGACUGGAGAUGUUACCUCACAACCUUUUAAACAACGGUCCGCAUUGAGCUACAACAAACUGAACGUUUGAUCCUUUUUCAUGUACAAACUUUUACUGAGACAAAUCUGUUCAUUUAUCUAAUGAAAAACACUAUCAAAUCUUCAUUGAGACUCUCCUUCAUCCUUCAUGAAAUUUUUACAGACUCAGAAGCCAAACUAAGUUAAACAGCUGCCGAAAAGUUUAUUAAUUAAAAGGAUUUUAAAACUUUUUAGCUAAAAAAAACCCCAAACCAGCUAGUGUAAAAUCUGAACUCUAAUCUCUAACACACGAUCCGGCACACACCCAGUGUACAUCUAUAUUUACUCUAAUAUAAAAUGACA